GCCCCACACAGGGGAUGCAAGGAACAGCAGCACAGUCACAGAGUUCAUCCUUGUGGGCUUUGAGAAGAGCUCCCCUUCCACGCGGGCAUUCCUCUUCACCCUCUUCCUAGCCCUCUACAGUCUCGCCAUGGCCAUGAAUGGCCUCAUCAUCUUCAUCACCUGGACAGACCCCAGGCUCAGCAGCCCCAUGUACUUCUUCCUUGGCCACCUAUCAUUGCUGGAUGUCUGCUUCAUCACCACCACCAUCCCACAGAUGCUGGUCCACCUGCUGACCAGGAACCACACAGUCUCCUUUGUCUCCUGCAUGACCCAGAUGUAUCUGGUCUUCUUUGUGGGUGUGGCUGAGUGCAUCCUCUUGGCCUUCAUGGCCUAUGAUCGCUAUGUUGCCAUCUGCCACCCACUCAGCUAUGCCCAGAUCAUGAGCCGCCAGGUCUGUGUCAGCCUGGUGAGCACUUGCUGGGUCUUUGGGAUGCUCAAUGGCAUCUUUCUGGAGUACAUGUCAUUCCGGAAUCCCUUCUGCAGAGACAACCACGUUGAGAACUUCUUCUGUGAGGCCCCCAUAGUGAUCGCCCUGUCCUGUGGGGAUGUCCAGUUCAGCAUGAAGAUGAUCUUUGUUGAUGCCACCGUGGUGCUGCUGAGCCCCAUGGUGCUCAUUGUCACCUCCUAUGCCCGAAUCCUGGCCUCCAUCCUCAGCAAAGCCUCCUCCUCAGGGCGGGGAAAGACCUUCUCCACCUGUGCCUCCCACCUGACUGUGGUCAUCUUUUUCUACACCUCGGCUAUGUUCUCUUACAUGAAUCCCCGCAGCACUCAUGGGCCUGACAAAGACAAGCCUUUCUCCCUCCUCUACACCAUCAUCACCCCUAUGUGCAACCCUGUCAUCUACAGUUUCCGCAACAAGGAAAUGAAGGGGGCCAUGGGGAGAGCUCUUGGGAGAACUGGCCUGGCGUAAGCACGGUCUGUGUAGCAGUUAGGCCACUCCAGAAAUAGCUCAAUUCCCUGGAAAUAGAGCUACCUCUUCCUCAGCAGUGUGCUGAAAUAAUUCCCAGUCCCCAAAGGCUCCAGGAAAUAUUUUUCUUGGAACCAGACUUACAGUGGAACGUCCUCUUGCUGUCUGAGGCUCAUCUCUUUCACAGCUUUUUAGCUAC